AUUGACGCUGCGCUGUUCCCAGUAGUUGCUGGUUGUGCUGUACACUCCAAUCGACCACCGACAUUUCUAAAGCUAAACGCUUGAAUCUAGUAUACUUUUCUAUAGCUUGCUGACUCUCUAGCCUUUUAGUCGCGUAGAAUAGUCAGCGUCGCACACAAUUUUAUUCUUGGAACAGACGGAGAACCUAUCGGGCGUGCGUGCACCUUACACAAAGUCUCUAUACUCUUUUUAGAUUCCGAUCUCUCUAGCUGCCGCGACUCGGCUGUUGCACCAUAGAAUUUUGUCCAUGUUUCCCAGUUGCACAUUGAAUCCGAAUCGAAGUCAUGUGGUGAUGGUGAACACGAAAAUUACUCUGUGCGAAGAAGAAUCAAUUUUCAUUUACUCACGGGCGUGAUAUGAAAGCCUCUUGCUAGACUAAAACCUUCCAUUUCGUUACUGUCGGUGCUAAACGCGAUGUGUGAUGUUUUUUUUUUCUAUUUUGUUUAAACAAUUAAAAAGUCUAUAGGUAGAGAUUCAAAAUUAUAUUUGUUUAUCUCAUCUAACGGAGCAAAGAAAAAAAAAAAUUAUUAAAAAUAGAAUUUUGAGCAAUUAUUUGCACAUAGCUCGUGUGCGGUACUUGAUUGUGUCGGCAACAUUUUGGCCUUUAAUCGGUUUUUCUUUUUUUUUCUUUUAAAUUUUAUUUUUUUUUUUCUAUUUUUAAUCACGAAAAAUUAAAAGUGAAAAUCCAAAAUAAUCACAUGCGAUUUAUUAAAAUACAUGAAUUUUUAUUAAAAAAAAAAACAACAUGAAUGUUGCUGCAUCAUUGUUGCAAUGGUUCAAUGAGUGAUCUCUUUGGAAGGAUUCAGCAUCACACGCAAAAAAUAAAAAAAAGUUAAUGUACUUGAAAUCAUAAUUAAAAUUCAGUAAAAAAAAAAAACAAAUUGUCAAUACUUUUAAUUUAUUUACACUGUCAUCAUGAACAAAUUACGAUCUGGCAAGUACAAAACCAAUCCAGAUGGCAGCACUAGCACUGGUCUAUUUACCAAAAUCACCAAACGCUAUUCAACGCUCAGCAACAAAAUCAUCAAACGUCAGUCUCCCGGUCGAUCUGGAGUCUCACCUGCCAAAGUAAUAUCUGGCAGUUAUAACAUGACCGGGGCGAAUUCAGAAGAUCAUCGUUUGGAAAUCGGUGAACCAAUUCUAAUAUCGACGACAACGAUCAAUGCUGAUCGUAUGGAAGAUAUGACUGGUCGAUAUAAAGCACUUCCUAUUAAUGAUACUCAUCCAGGUUCAUCGAGUAGUGAAAAUGAAGUAUUUGUUGAUGCGGUAGAUUGUGGUUCACCAGGGUUGCCAUCUGAUACGAAAUAUGAAUAUCAAACAAGAUCACCAAUCACAACGGGGAAGGAAUCGUCCCCGGAAGUAAUUGAUACAACAGUUUCGUCGGCAGAUUUAAACGAUGUAAUGGAGAGUUAUUAUGAAACUCCAAAAACUAGGAAAGUUCUGAAGAAAAAUCAUUCAAAAUCUGUACAAAGUCUUCAUCGAUCAGAAAUCAAAGUUUUUCUUCAAAAGGCUCCAUCUUUGGAAAUGAAUAAAAGACUUGCAAGCACCGGGAAUGGGUUAGAUGAAUCUCAUGAAGAAGAGGAAAAUAAGGAGAAUGCUCGACCUGGUUUGAGUAAAAGUGAGCCAAAUACUCCUCAAAAUCCAGAAAAAGUACUUUUGGCAGCACCGGUACAUCGUUAUCAAAGUGCUGAUUCUAUUAACACUGCACCGAAGAAAAAUCGAAGAAGCACUAAAUUUGCCAGUAAUUUAAGUAUGAAUCAUGGCAGCAAGGAUAGCGUCGCCUGUGAUAGUUCUUUAGAAAAUUUCGACAUGAAAUCUGUCAGCUGUCAAUCUUUGACCGCACAAAAUUUAUUCAUUUCCAUCGAUGAACUUAAUGAAAUCACCCGACAGAUCAAUGAAUCGGAGGAGUUUAAUAAAGAAAUCGAUUUUGAGUACUGUACUCAUCGGGAUAACCUCAAGCCUAGCGAAAGAAGAAUCACUUUGAUGAAGAAUAAGAACUCCCGACUGAUCAAUUUCAAUCAGAAUAAAGAGAAGAUCAAUAAUGCUUGGAGUGGUUUGAAGCAUUGGAUUGGAGAAGAGAGUGUUAAAAUUAAAGAAGUUGUCCAAAGUCAUGCAGCAACGCAAAGAGUUGGACACAAUUUUUCAUCAGAAUCAAAAGUUUCACCGAUCCGGGGAGUUCGAGGGGAAUCGGUGGAAAGAAAUCAAGACUCAGAGUCUAUUGCUGCAUCAUCGUUGUUUUUACCACAACUCAGUGCUCUUAAUACGUCAACUGUCAUUGGGACAGAUAACGAUGAUAUGGAUUCGUCGGUGACAGCUACACAACAUGGAGAGAUAUCGCCAUUUUCGAAGAAGUCACGACUCAAAGAGAAAUGGGAGGGUCAAAAUGGUUUCGAAGAAUUGCGACGAUAUAUCAAACAAGGCGGUGACUUUGGAAAAGAACUCAUACUUAUACUUCAAGAAAGAGUCGAAUCUGAACAAUUAUAUUCGAAAUCACUUUCGAAAAUGGCCACAAAACUCAACAAAGCAUGUCGAGAACUACCCGGAAGCAUUGCUGAUGCCUGGCGUGGUGUUGCAACUGAAAUGGAAAGUCGCAGUGAAAUUCACAGACAGCUGUCAAGUUCGCUGGUAGAAGAAUUGGUUAAACCAUUAAAAACUUUGAUUGAAAAUCAUCACAAAACAAGAAAAUCUGUUGAAAACAAUGUCGAUAAGAGUUCUCGUGUUCUUGCCGAAUGGAGAAUUAGCGAAGCCAAGGGUAAGAAAACCUCACACACAGCUGCUCGAGAAAAUGAGAAGCUUCAAGAUGGAAUGCUUGAUGUUCGAAUACAAAAAUCACCAUCCAUUGCCUUACUGCAUCAAGGUCCAAACAAAGUAGCUGCCGAAAAAGAAAUCAAAUCUGCCGAAAAAGACUGCGCCAAAUUGGACAAUAAACGUCGCAAAGCCGAAGAAUCUGUCAAACGUGCUGAUGUCGAAUAUUAUACACUUUGUGUUAGGGCUGAACGUGCCCGUGUCGAUUGGGAAAUGUCAGUUCUACGUGGAUCAUCACUUUUACAAAAUGUCGAAACUCAACGAUUGGCCAGUAUGAAAAUGUUUGUUACCAAUUAUCUUCGACUUACAGCAAAUAUGAAUCCAAUAUUGGAUGGUCUCGUUCAGAGACUUCAACCGACAAUAGAAUCUUGUAAUGUUCAGAAGGAUUUGAGUGUGAUAAAAAAUAUUCGAAGAAUUGCAGAAGGUCCAAGUGAACAAUUACUGCCAGAUUUCUAUUGUGAACAUACUACGUUGGCUAUGAAUAGAGAGAGAAGGAAGCAUGCAUUGAUUAAAUUAUUGCAACUUGUCAAAACUGAUUUGGAAAGAGAACGUAGAUCUCGAAAUGGUUUGAAAGUUAUUUCGGAUUCAUUGAAUAAUUCUGAUAAUCAAAAUAUCACAGAUAAAUUGUAUCACAUUCGAUCAAUGUUGACAUACCUUGAGGGUGCACGUUUUAAACUACACUCAGCGUUAUUGGAAUUGGAUCAUAAACCAAGGAGUUCACAUCCAUUAGCUCAACACAUACAGAUAACUCGUGAUCGAACUGGUCUCCAGCAAAGUAUUCUCAAAGUUCCACUUUGGCUUAAAAACAACGACAAAGUCAAUAGUCCCGAUAAUCGUGACAAUGAAUACGAUUCAGUUAAUGAAGAAAAUGGCAGUUGCUCAGAUGUCAAAAAUGAUAUUUUAGUCAAACAAUUCCAGCGCAGUCAAAGUAAUCUCGAAACCAUUAGCACUAAUGGAACUAUCUGUCUCGGUGAAAAAGCCAAUACAAUUCCCACGACAGUUUUGGAUAGUUCGUUCUUUGAUCGAGGUAUUGCUGAUGGUGGUUCAAAUCAACCAGAUUCAGAUUUUGAUGAAUUUAGUUCUCAAGAUGGCGAUGAUAAUAAUGAGGAAGAAAUUAAACCUUCGAAACAAAAUGGCGUCGCAACAUCUCCAAUGACUAAUGGAUCAUCAACAGCACGUAUAGAUGAUUCCACAGUUACAGAUGAGGCAAAUAAUUGUCAUUCGGUGGUGAUAAGUAAAUGCAAGGCUCUUUACAGCUAUACACCAAAAUUAUACGAUGAACUCGAAUUGAAUCCUGGGGAUAUAAUCGAGGUGCAUGUAAAACAAGAAGAUGGCUGGUGGUUAGGGGCGUUGAGGAAUAAUGUCGGCAUCUUCCCUGCCACUUAUGUGGAAGAAUUCACCCAAGACUGAUUUAUUUAAAAAAAAAGGGCUAACUUGAGAAAGCAG